UGCCUGGCAAGUUUCCUUCGGUAUUGUAGAAAUUCACUUCUCAGAGAGCUUGCAACGUGGAAAGAUGGAUAUUUUUUGGGCUCUGGUGGCCCUAAGUUGCCUGAGCUUGGGUGCUAGUCUGCAGAAAACCAAUAUAUAUGAGGGAUACAAGGUCUAUGAAGUUUCCACGAAAGCCAGAUCGGCGGAUAAUGGACUGUUUCUUUCGGAGUUGGCCAAGAACCAGACUUACUAUGAAGUUCUUCCUGGAUUCAAAGGGCGUACCUCGGCCAGGGUGAUGGUUCAUCCCGAGGAGCAGUUGAAUUUCGUUCAGUUGAUGGCCCAUCGCAGUGUCAGCUACGAGGUUGUUAACCACAAUGUGGGCCUCACACUGAGUCGGCAGUUUGAAAAGAAUCGCAUGUUGCGACAAUCGUACCCCUACAAUGGAAGACUGGGCACGGAGAGGUACUAUACCCACAGUGAGAUCAACCAGUUUAUCGAGGAUGUGGCCAAGGAGAACCCCCGGAGAGCCUUCAUUAAAACCGUCGGCAAAAGCUACGAGGGUCGUCUACUGAAAACCAUAACCAUUACCAAUGGAGAUUCCAGACGCAAUAAGAACGUAAUCCUCGUGGAUGGUGGUUUCCAUGCCCGCGAAUGGAUAUCCCCAGCCACGGUUGUGUAUCUAAUCAACCAGUUGGUAUAUAAUCUGGAAGAGAAUGGGGAUUUGCUGGAGGACUACGACUGGGUUAUCCUGCCUGUUGUGAAUCCCGAUGGGUACGAGUACACUCAAAUAUCAGAAGAUACUCGAAUGUGGCGAAAAACCAGGAAACCGAGUAGUUCUGAGUGUGUUGGAACUGAUCCCAACAGGAAUUUCGAUUACCAUUGGAGGGAGAGUGGUGCCUCCGAUGAUCCUUGCAGCAAUACCUAUGCCGGAUCGAAACCCUUCUCCGAGCCGGAAGCACUGGUAGUCAGCGAUUUAAUUCGAACUUAUUCGGAUCGAGGACAAAUGUAUUUGACCCUGCACUCCUAUGGGCCUAUGAUUCUUUAUCCUUGGGGUUGGAUAGAUGAAGUCCCCGAGACCGUUGAUGAUCUGGACGAGGUGGCCAAAGCUGGAUAUGAAGCUAUUUUGGAAGCCACUGGCACCGUCUAUGAGUAUGGACCCUCAACUACUACAAUAAAUUACGCGGCAGCUGGGGCCAGCGAUGAUUAUGCCUUUAACGAAGGGUUCCCCAUAUCCUUUACUAUGGAACUUCCACCAGGUGGUGACGAUGGCUUUGAUCCCCCAGCCUCGGAUAUCGAUCGAUUGGUCAAGGAGUCGUGGGUCGGCAUUUCGGCCAUGGCCCGGAGAGUGGUCACAAAAUAUCCUCUUGCAUAACUGCCUGAUGUGCUAUUAACCAAUUUGUCAAUUACUUUCUGGUAAUAAAACGAAUCACUAAUAUUCCCCACA